AUGGAUCUGGAUCACCUGGACGCAGAAUCCAGGACAUCAGUUGCCGCAGAAGGAUUACUAGGACUGGGUUCCAUUCCUGUACCAUCUGGACCAAGUCCUCUGUCCUCCACACCUGCUUUCCAACCGCCAAGAUUUCCCGCGCAGAGAAAUCGAGCGGAAGCUGAGCGUUAUAGAUCUCCACAUGCGGCACAUCUGUCUCCUAAAUCUUUUCACCCACAAGCAAGCAGUAUAUACCCUUCACCGUCUCUCAACUCCCACGGGAAUGUCACCGCCAUGGGUGCAAUAUCUGUCGCAGAAGACGACCCAAGCACAGACUCUCCACAGGAGCAGCAAUACUAUGGAAACUCUUCAGUGGCCUCUUUUAUGCGUCUUGCAGGAGAGUCGAUGCCUUUGCGGUCGUAUAUGUCAGCUUUGCGAGAUAGCAAGAAUGAGUCGUCAAGAUGCCAGGGCCCUGAUACGGGGAUCUGGCGAGAUCUAGGCCAUCCAUCGGUAGAUCUUCGGUUCGACGACUUCUCCUUGCCCCCUCGAUCUCUGGCAGACCACCUUCUUGGGUGCUACUGGGACAGGGUACAUUGUCUAUUCCCAUUUUUCCAUCGCCCCAGUUUUGAGCAAGCGUAUGAGAAUCUCUGGGGGUCGGACAAGGCAUCCAAGCCCGAAUUGCCACAGCUCAAUAUCGGACUCGGGGGCGCAUUUGAUUGCGGUCCUAAUUCGAUUGUCUUUCAUUGUGCACUCAAUGCCAUAUUUGCCCUUGGCUGUCAUUUUUCUGAUAUUCCGCCUGCGGACCGGGAGGCCGCGGUAUAUUCAUUUUUCCUUCGGGCAAAGCGAUUUGUAAAUCUUGACCUCCUGGACAUAGGCACCAUCGGCGUGGUCCAAACUCUUUUGAUUGUUUCACUUCUUCUUCAAAGCACCCCUUACCCUAUUCGGUGCUGGAAUGCAAUUGGACUGGCGUGUCGCGCUGGUCAAGGACUCGGGCUACACGAGACAACCACACAUGCCUCGAACAAACCCCUGGAGACAGAAAUACGACGGCGCACCUGGCACAGCUGCGUCAUUAUGGACAUAAUUGUGAGCAUGACACAUGGAAGACCGAGCAUGACCUCUCACCUCUCACCGUUACCUCUGCCUGCAAUGGGAACGGACUCCCAGGAAGCUGAUCCUUGUGAGCUUAGUGGACAACCCUGUGAUCAUAAACUGGGAUAUAUGACUUUCUACGUUUCAACCAUUGAAUUAUACAAAAUUCUCGAGUCUGUUCUAUCUGAGGUCUAUAACGCUUGGCAGAGUCGAUCGAAUAACUCUCGCACCAGUUCGUUGCAAAGCUCCAAGCUUUGUAGCCUGGAUGUAUUGAUGGAACUCGACGAUAAACUUGCUGCUUAUGAGACUAGCGUGCCCCAGCCCUUGAAUUGGACAGAUGAAGCAUCAAUGCAUCACUCGAGCAGUGGUAAUUCGUCAACCUUCAAGCGUCAGCAAAAUGUGUUGCGUGCAAGAUUUAUCCACCUUCGCCUUCUGUUGUAUCGCCCCAUGUUUACUCAACUUUGCUCCGGUGAACGAGCUGGGUCAUCACGCCGCUCUGAUAUACAACCCAGCGAGAAAAAUAUAAUAUACUCCUCGGUCUACUCAAAAUGUGCCGCCUCCUGCGUCACAGCGGCCAUCAACCUGGUCUCACUUGUUCACGAGACAUAUCGAACGAGUGUAACUGAUGCUUGGUGGUACAAUGGAUUCUACACAUCGACUGCAGGAUUCAUCCUGAUAAUGUCAUACUCAUGCCAUUCUAUCCGGGAGCAGGUUGAUUCACAAAUCGUGGAUGAGAGUUGGCGCAAGUGCGAAGAGAUCUUAGCUUUUAUGGCUAUGUUCAGUCUCUCGGCCCGCAACUCGUUGCAGUUCUUGCAAGUGACGCACCAACAUAUUAUGCAAAACUACUCAGCUACUUGUCGGCCUGGCGAUGCUUCGUUAGUUUCCACUCAGCUGUACCAAAGGGGCAAUCAACAACUGAACCGACCCGAUUUGUCGUCGCAGCCUACCGAGCCGAUAUUAGAUGAACACAACCUCCGUCACGAAACUAAUAACUUGGAUAUCAAUCCUUUCACAACGUGGGAUGAGAUGGGCUUUGGGCAGGAAGAAUUUGGAUUCCUUGGCAGAUUUGAUUUGCCUGAUCUUGCAAGCUGGUUCACGGAUAUACCCUCUUGA